AUGAUGGAGCAGUGUGAUGAUAUAAAGAUGGAGAAGUAUGAUGACAUAAUGAUGGAGCAGUAUGAUGAUAUAAUGAUGGAGCAGUGUGAUGAUAUAAAGAUGGAGAAGUAUGAUGAUAUAAUGAUGGAGCAGUGUGAUGACAUAAUGAUGGAGCAGUAUGAUGAUAUAAUGAUGGAGCAGUAUGAUAUAAUGAUGGAGCAGUAUGAUGAUAUAAUGAUGGAGCAGUGUGAUGACAUAAUGAUGGAGCAGUAUGAUGAUAUAAUGAUGGAGCAGUAUGAUAUAAUGAUGGAGCAGUAUGAUGAUAUAAUGAUGGAGCAGUGUGAUGAUAUAAUGAUGGAGCAGUGUGAUGAUAUAAUGAUGGAGCUAUGUGAUGGUAUAAUGAUGGAGUAG